GCUUUGUUCACUCUGUGCCUGUUCCUACCACAGGCUCAGGCACAGUCGAUUCUAGAUAACACAUCAGAAGUGGCAAGCAACAUUCUUCAUCAGAUCGAGGAGCAUUUGAGUAGCGUCACGAGCAGCGGCCAAGCCAGAAUGGGAGGAUACGGAGGGUGUUCCGACUCGUUCAGCGUGUUCGGAUUCCUGGCUUUCCUCCUGGCGCUGCUCGACCUCAUCCUCGAGCUACAAGGAAACAGGAGGAAGAAACGAGACGCUCGAGGUGUGGAGGAGGACGUCAAUCUCAAAGCCGAGUGUCAGAGCCAGGACGAAAUCCAACAGGCCACUUCAGCCUGCUACAGCCUUCUCCGCGGUUUCCUCAACACUCUGGCUGCACAGGACGCCGAAUGCGCCAGAAGGUUUCUUUGCGAAGGAGCUGAAGAAGCCGCUUCUGCCGGUCCGGUCGGAGAAGUGAUCGCCUCCGUGGGCAGCACCAAUGCUGGAUCCUGGUUAGAAAAAGUAAACUCCACGCUCUUCCAAGACGUGGGGCUCAGCUGGAGAAGUCGGUGCCCGGUUACGUGGUUGCGCCCUCCGGUACUCCGAAUGUUUCGCCCUCCCCUCCGCUUACCGGUAUCCUGGGGUGUACCGAGCCCCGCACCUACCCUCCAGCUUCUAUCAACCUCUGCUCCAAAACCUGAUGGACACUGUGAGGGAUACUCUGUUCUAAUUUCAUCGCGGAGAGGUUUGGUUCAUUUGAGUAUGAUUUGUACAUUGUGUGUAUGUUUAGCUGUUUUUGAGAAUCCUUUAUUUGUGUACAGAUUACAGAUUGCAAAAGUUUGUUUUUCCUCUAUUUAAUCGUUUGUAAAUAAACCUCAACUCCUUCUAUAAACAUGUUUUAUUUCCAUCAUGCAUAGGACUUAUAUUGUGUUGAUUGCAUUUAAAUAUGCUGUAGAUUCAAAAUAAUAUUCAUGUGUAGAUUGUAUGUCCAUAUGUAAAUUCCGCAAAUUUUAUGCA